AUGCGAUUAUCCCCCUCUUGCGAGAAUUUCGGCUUCAUCGAAUUUGAAUGUGUUGCCGAAUCUCGUCGAAUGGACCGCGACCUGAGAGUUGGCGUAGUUUCUCCGUACCGUUGCCGCGUGUCCGGUAAUUCGCGUCCGGAGCAGUCUUCCAGUUUCUCCGACGUAGUUGCUUUGUCCGCAGCUGCACCAGAUCCGGUAAAUAACUCCAGAUGUUUCUUGCCGUGGCAGUGGGUCUUUUGGUCUCAUCACCUGGCGCCGCAUGGUGGCCUCCGGUCUGUGUGCAACUCCAAAUCCAAGUGGUGCAAGAAGGUGACUAACGGCCUCGGAGACGUUCUUGAUGUACGGGAUCGCUCGCCAGAAUUGGGGGUCGGCACGAUUUUGUCGCUCGUCUCGUUUGCGCAUGUACCGGCUGGCCAAAGUAAUUGGCCACUCGAGGAGCGUGCAAGCCGGUGAGCUGGAUGCUGGCGUGAUGAUUGAUGGAUUCGAGUGGCAAUCCGAAACGUCGGGCCAACAAACGUCUUGUUCCCGCGACCGCACUUUCUUCUUCUGAAUGAUUUGAUGGUCGGAAGCGACGUCGUCCACUGAGUGCCUUAUGGAAUGGUUUCAGCAACGGUGACUUGCACGUGAGAUAGUUUAUAAUCAGGCAGACUUGCGCAGCAUCAACCACACCUUCCCAUCUCUCACGCACCUUGCUCCGGUGACACAACAACGUCAAGGCGACCUGGCGCGGACGCCGGCACAGCGAGCGACAAAUCUAGACAGCCCACCUACGCGCGCCACGCCCGGUUUUCUCGUAAUUGCAUGCACCCGGUUCCCGCAUCGUAGAUCGGCUUUCAACGCCUGCAGGUGGCAACAUCUCAACCGUCUAACAAAAAGGCCUGCCGACCUUUGCCUGAACGAAAGUUAUGACUUCCUAGUCACACAGAAGCUCAAAGAGGGAGGAUGAAACUACAGGUGACAGAUGUCUCACGGUUGCACCAAGCUCGAUUAACCAGCGCAAUGCACGAGUCAAAAAGGAAGAUCCCAAAGCCAUCAGGGAGAUCAUUUGCCACCAACACAUAGCUCAAGAGGUUGCACGUGAGGCUGGUCUGCCUGCGAUGCAAAUCCCAACAAAUAAACCGUCGCAAACUACAAAGUAAACGUACAUGCGAGUUUUAUUAAGGAGACGCCCAAAUAGCGGCACAGCUAGUCGGGCAUUUAGACUAAAUAUGGAUCCUACCUACGCCCAGCAUUUGGCUCGACGGCUUUAAGUCAGAAUUCGCACAACCUCCUGGAAAGAGCCGCGAGAAGUCAGUCUCCUCGCUCCGCUGCGUUGCAUUGCGAAGAAGACGGAGGAGUGGGAGGGGCUGGGGGAGGAGGAGGGGGAGGGGAAGGAUGAGGAUAGUAAAGGGACUAAAGGAAGAGGCCAGAGAGGAGGACGGGCUAUUCCCGGGGGAAAAUUUAUCGAUCACGAGAGGACGGGGUAACCAAAAACGAGGAACCCCUUCGUAUCUCGACUGCCAGCACCUCUCUACUAGAGGAAAACAGCGCAAUGGGACCGACUGUGGAUAAACCAAGAUUCAAAACGACAAACGCACGCGUUCCAUUCUACAGUACCGGCAGAUCUGUGAGCGUUAUCCACACGGGGGUCUGGAUAUACCCGAGCACAGCCGUCGUAGCGCGAGUACGUGGUCGCGACCAAACCUUUGUUUUCGUCGACAUUCUGCGGUUUACACCAUUACCUUGGCAAAACCGUAAACAUUUGUGCAUGCAGACGUGUUAAAGUUCGCCUAGAGGUUUGCGAACGAAGCGAUAAAAGACGUGGCUUGGACGGUUGCCAACUGACGAUAUAAUACGAUUCUGAAAUGACGAGUAUUUCGAAGUGGCUGGGGGAUUAAGGGUCGGACUGCAGUGCCUCCUUCUCAAUGUGGCCUAGUGAUGUGAGGUCCGGUUUCGUGUGUCGACAUUGGUGAGUAGGAGUGAUGGUCUUAGUAGGUUGCCCACUUGCUUGCAGAUGUUGACUAAGCGCCUAGCGUCCAUUAACUGGCACCCAACUCUCACUUGUGGCUCCUCAAAUCUAGGCUACGCCUGGCGGCCACACCUCCCAUAACUGCCUCAGCCGGGGGGCCAAACCAGGUGAGGGUAUCCGAGUGGGUAUCGGCAUACAUAUGGCAACUCUACUCCCCUUCCACCACCGCUGAUCGGACGGAUCACCAUUUAGUCAUUUCCACGACAAGGCUCCGUCUGCAACCCCGCCGGAGGCCACACGGUAAGCGUCCCUUGGGUAAGCUGAAUGCCGCUUUGUCUUUGUCCGCGCACCGUUUCAGCAACCAAAUUACCCAGCGGCUGAAAGACCUACCAGCUGAAAGUGGAAACGACCCCGUCUACAACUCUGCAGAUGGCCACAAGGAAAGUGAUCACCAGGCAAACUCAAUACCGUUCUGCUAAAUACCGUACUGUUGAAUUUGCCUGCUCACCGUCUGGAUUACAGCAAUCAGUUAACCCAGAGAGAGAAAGGAAGCUCUUUCUACCCUUCCCUCAACUUCGUGCAUUUCACCCCCAUUUCAAAAAGUACUAAGGAGAGGACAACACGCAAUCUCAUAGACGGCCCAGGCUAACUGGGGUCAUUAUCCCACCAAACACAGCCGUGACCUAUAGGGGAGUCCGGCAGCCGUCUGGGAUGUCUAAGCAGACCUACUUAGAGACAUUACCUACCACCGCGAGGGGAACGGGGCUAGAAAAGGUGUCCUAAAGAAAUGCUGGGAUCACGUCCUCUGCGUGCUGACCGCCGCUUGCAGAUGCAAAACUUGCAAUCAAAACCACCAAGCACGAUACAAUGCUCUUUCCCAUCCCCCUCUUCCUCCACUUCAGACGCUGCUAGAGGGGAUCAGCUCACCCUGGCAGCCUGGAAUGUUGGUUCCCUUUUAGAAAAUACCAGGAGUGAUCGAUUGGAACGGAGGACAGCGUUAGUCGCUCGGUCAUCGAUGGGCUACGAGGUGGAUAUCAUUGGAUUCGAUUCUCCAAACAAAGGCAACUGGAAGAGGUGGGUGCCGGCUACACCUUCUUCUGGAACGGUCGCCCCAAUGCAGAACGACGAAACGCGGGCGUCGCCUUCGCUAUCCGGAACGAUGGUGUAAAACGACUGUCCUGUCUGCCGCAGGGUAUCAACGAUCGCCUGCUGAGCCUCCUCCUGCCUCCCCAGGGAGGCAAAUUAGCCACCGUCGCCAGCGUCUACGCUCCCCUGAUGACCAGCCCUGAAACAACAAGGAACAAAUUCUACGAGUGCCUGCACGUCCUCUUGGCGACUGUGUCGAAGGCGGAUAUGUUGAUUGUUCUUGGUGACAUCAACACCCGCGUCGGCACAGACCAUGCUGACUGGAGAGGAGUGCUGGGUUAA